UCUGACCUAGAUGGUUUUUUUUUUUUUCAACGUUUUCAGACAUUUUGCACUAAUCAAUUUUGUAAAUCAAUAAAAUCUGCAACAAAUUAAGUCUUUAGGUCCAAUAAUUUCUAAAAAUAGAUAAAUACAAUAAAAUUUACAAAUCAAACAACUUUAAACAGAUUUAAAUCGUAUAUUAGGUUUUUUAUGCAAAAAUAAUUGAGUUAUUAUUCGUUUUUUUUUUUUCAAAAGACUUCGAACUUUUUUGUAUGGAGCUUGGCAUAAGCUAAAAUUUUAAGUACCUGAAAUGUCGUAUUUUGGGGUACACGUACGCCAAUCGACAAAUAAUAUACAUAAUUACAAACAACAAAUAUUUUUUGACAAUUUGUAUUUUCUACAAAAAAUUAUAGGUAUUGCAAUUAUAAUAAUAUGUAUAACCAAUAUUACAUUUUUUAGAAGCCACUUAUUUCUCCGCCACCCCACGCCAAACAUUUAAACAAACAAAUGUUACCUCUUUAUUAUAAUAAUUAUACAUAGAUAGAUAAAAGUACUUACCUAAUUAAAUAAUCCGACAAAAAAAAAAAACAAAUAAGUAUAUUCUUUUACACCAUACAACUUUUUAGAUAAAACUAAUGUCACUCGAUAGUGGAAACGGAUAGUGACGAACAUAGCAUCGCAAUGGAACAUGGACCGUCUGGUUACUAAUUCGCGUCUGUUUGUUUUAAAAUAAUUAUUUUGUAUGUGCACCGAUUUUAUGAAUGCGAAUGAGCUGAGUUUGUUACGCUUCGCUAAAAUAACGCUAGCUCUUUUUAACCAAAAAGUUAAAAGGAGAUAGACAAUGUAAUUUUCUAUGAUUGGGGAUUCCCCGUAAAAUGAACUCCGAUUGGACAGAUUGAAUAGUGCGUUCCAUUCAAGUGUUGCUAACUUAAAAAAAUCCGCUUAAUUUAGGGAAUUUACGACUAAGCAGACCUCGAACCUGCGGCGCCCCUUUUGACCGGCGCCCUACCCUAACACCGCUACUGCAUUCUGAGGCAACCUUUUUUUUUCAACUGAAAAACAGGCUCAAAACUUUAGAAAAUGUGUAAAAAAAAGUCACUCAAAAGAUAAGCUCUUAGUAUUAAUAUUAAGAGGUGGCUAUUUCAAAUUUUCUGUUUUCCAUAUAAAUUAUGUACAUGGAAAAAAAAUUAUUUUUUUUUUGUGGUGGUUAUUGUGCAGAGGUUUUAAUAUGCACGAGACGGCGGCCAGUAGGGAUGGUAAACUCGAUUCCGAUUCUACUCGAGAAUCGAGUUUUCUCGUUAAAUAAUCGAUUUUUCGAAUGAAGAAGAAAAUAACGGAGAUAUAACGAAGAACCCAAUGUGAGCGUAGUGCUAGUUGUUUUUAUUUAAACAUACGUUGAAAUAAGUAUAUGUAUGUAAGUACAUAAAAAAUUGCAAACGUAUAGCGCAUUUGUGUGGUAUCCAGAUUCGAUGAGUAUUGAACAAAAAGCAAAAACAUCAGCGGAACACGAAUAAACGAACGUGUUGUCGGCGAACUUCUGCAUAGACAUAUGUACUAUAUAUAUAUAUGUAUGUAUAUAUGCAAACAAAUGAAUGUAUGUAUCAACAAAUUACACGUAUGCAUAUUAUUACACGCGGCAACUUUUGUUGCGGCAAAUCUUGGUUUAUAGGCGAGGGGGCGACGAGGAGAGGAGAAUCGUGCCGAGUUUCCAGUGUUCAGCAACUCGCUUUGUGUUCUUAUUCGUAACAGUUCGCUGCGACGUUUUUCGGCAUUCGUGUUCUUUCUUUCGUAGUACAUAGUUGCAUUUGAGUAUAUUUUUUUUUGAAAUUAAUAUUUUGAAUAUAUGUAUUUAAAAAAAUUUAAUUUCAUCUUUUGGCAAGUAAUUUGCAAAUAUGUAUACAGAUAUACAUAAUAUAAUAUAAAUACUUUAGAAAAUGGAGUAUGGCGAAAAAAUCGAAUUAAUUAAAGAUAUUGUGAAAUGUAUGGAGAAAGCCAUACAAAUUGAUUCAGACGAUAGUGAAAAGGGUGAUAUAUGUGAAAGUCUGUCAUAUAAUCUUUGUUUUAAUUUUGAAUUAUAAAUAAAAUGUAUUUCUUAAUUUACAGAACUGAUUAAUAUAUGUGAUAGAGUGGCCCAAAUACCUAUAAGGAAAAAGAAACGACAAUGGGUUAAAGUAAAGUGAAAGAGAAUGAGAAAAAAAUUCGAACAGAGUUGCGCAACACAAGUUGCUCGUGUGCAGGUAAUGGGCGACAGCAAAAGAGAAUCGCCCGAGAAUUAGCAACUUUUGUUGCCUCGUGUAAUAAUAGACAUACAUGUUGAAAUAUGUAUGUAUGUAUGUAUAUGUAUCGUAUUUACAGUUCUAACAGCGAAAGCACAAAAGCAUAAAAUAAUGAGCCCAACUGUGUACAUACCUAGAUAUAGUACUAUAUAAUUCGGACAUAUGUAUGUAUGUACAUGUGACCAUACGCAUGUAAAUUUAAAAGACCAGUGUGUAAAAAUUCUGGUCAAGGCGGUUUAGCUCUGCCAUGCAGUAUAAAAACAAUGAAUAUACGUACAUAUAUGUAUACUACAUAUGUAUGUACAUACUACUCGUACAUAUAUUUUUAUAGAAACAAGCUAAGAGAUUAUUUCUUGCCUUUGGCUUACAAUAAAAUCAAUUUGCAGAAAUCCGUUCAAUUUUAACAUUUCUUGUAUGAUGGAUCAUUCAUCCGUAUAUUUUUUCCCCAAAUAAUCAACAAGUAUCUUUUGGGUAGACUUACAUAUAUGAAGUAUACAUAUGUACAUACAUGUACUUAUUUUAGAAUCCUAAAAAUAUUUGGCUGCCUAACCUGCUGUAGUGUCGUAGCGUUUGGCUCAGUCUGCUUCAGCACGUAAAAUUGUAAAUGCGUUUUUUACAAAACUGCUGCUUUCAUAUAGGGCAAAAAUAUCCUCGGAUACAAUCGGCUUCAUAUUCAUGAGGAUCACUUUCUCCCAACGAGGUUUUCCUGAUUCCGAAGGUAACCUCAGCAGACGGCAUUUUGUAUCAAAAUAUCAAACACUAGUCCUGAAAUAAAGAAUUCGAUAGUUUUAUCGUUUCUCCUAGAAUACUACAUAUGUCAAACUAAUGCCCUUUUAAGUACCUCUACGCUGGCCUAACACUUUAAAAUCUGCCUCCCAAACAAUUAAAAUUAUAGUUCAAUCUCGGACAUACAUAAAUAUCAAAAUAAUUAUUAUUACCAAUUAUUGCAUAACCAUACUAGUGAAUUUUUUCUGUGGAAAAUACACAUUUUGUUUUAUUAAAUAUACACAUAAAAAUAUAACAUACAUACAUAUGAGUAGAAAACUGUUUUAUGGGUUUGUUUCCAUUUCAAUAAUUUACCCUAUUAACAUUUGUGCGUACUUAUUUAAUAAAUCCCACCAGUAUGCCCAUAAUACUGAGUCCUGAUAAAGUAAAAUCUGAUAGCAUUAUUUAUUAAAAUAAAAUAAUUGACACACAAUAACAAACUAAUCUAUUGGUUUCAGUUGUUAAAGUUAACUGAAUACAAUAGAGAUUUAAAGUAUGUCAAGUUUAAACGUACAUAGGUUGAAAAAUCUAAACUAUAUAAUAACGGAGAACACAAAGAAUUUGAAUAAUUCACAACCGUAAUAAAUUUGAAAAAACAAUUCUGAAUUACCUAUAAUGAAGAAUUAAAUAGAAAAACUUAAGUAUUACAUAUCGUCACCUGAAAUGCAAAAUAACGUAUCAUCAAAAAAUUCGAAAUUGAGUGUCUUAUCGAUUACGCUUCACCACUUCAAAUUACAAAGAUAAUAUUACAUAUGUUCAACAUUUUCAGGUUCUGCACUCAGAUAUAAACCAGUUUUAACCAAUAUUAAAUUUUGUUUUCACUCCUAUUCUGUUUUAUUGCGUGUUUCAUUCAUGCCACUUUAAAUUUCUGAAAAUGUUGUUACGUUAUUUUGCAUUUCAGGUGACGAUAUACAUAUAUGUACAUAUGUACAUGUUUAUAAAAAAUUCGGUAUAACCGAAUUAAUUCUCGGAAUUUUCAAAGAUCAAAGCCAAAGACUUAGAAUUUCCUUAAUUUUCCUAAUAUACCUACAGAUCUUAUAUACUGAUUUACACGGUAUAAAGUCAAACAAAUUACCAUAACCGGGCUGUAUCAACUCGAUAUUUUCGAUAUGGUCAAAUUCUUGUAAAAAAUAUGCAACGAAAUCAAAUGUAUGCCGAAUGUCAAUGUGUUGACCAAAAGUAGGAACGGUUACGCGUGCGGAUUCACCUAUAUUGUGGAAAGGCGAAACAAAGGUUAAUAGGAUGGGAAUAAAUGACGGAGUAUUUGUCCACCAUUCUAAGGGCGUUGACAAUAAUUAUGUCACAGUUUUGGUAUUUUUUGUUUUUUUUUUUUUAACAAUGAACAUUUUAAUAAUAAUUUAACAUAUACUUCUAGUAAAAUCGCUUUCUUGAUUGCAAUAUGUUAUUUGUUGCUUUAGCUCUGUUAUUAUUUUUUGUAAUCAUCUUAAGAAUUUUUUGGUAUGGUUUUAGAACAGACAGCUACCGGAUUACUAUUAGUUUCAAUAGUUCGGCUUUAACUCAUAUUGUGUAAUAACAACAAAAUAUUGGAGUAGGAUCAAUGCAGUGCCCAAACUUUAAAUUGAAAACAAAUUUUGUAUGUAUGUAUGUACAUAUUUAUUUUUAACUUACUUUUCAGAUAUUAUAACCUAAUUAAAAAGAAUUUAAAUAAAACUGCCCGACAAGUCUAGCUGGUUAAUAACAGUAAUUUAAAAAAAUAAUAAUGAUAAAUAAUAAUAUAACAACAUCGAGAAGAUACUUAACGCAAAAAAGCUUCUGCUAAAAUGUUGAUGUCUUCCACAUUGUUAAAAUUUUACAUUUUGCAAGAAAUUAUUAUUUGUAUUGUCGUAAGAGCUUCAAAACUUUAGUGCAUAAAUAUAAUAAAUAAUAACAAAAAUAAGCUAUAUUCAAACUUAAUAAGCACAAUAUCAGCCCUCAAGUUAGGCGGUUGACAUGGUUCGUUUAAAUGUCUCAGCUGCUCCGGAACAACACCCUCCGCAGCUUAACACAUAUGCCAAUAAUAUUUCUAAUAAUAAUGGUCAACAGAAUGUUGGUGCCGGAGCUCUUAAUAAGAAUAUUUCUUCGUCUUCAUCAUCGACAUCGAGUCUAAAUAGUAACGCUUCCUCAUUUGAACCGCAUCAUAAUCAAAUACAGCAUCAAUUUCAACAUCAGCUUUUACAUCAUCAGCAUCAACAAUAUAACACAAGUCAAGUUCGUCAGCAACGGUCCACCAACAAUAUGUUAAUGGUUGUACCACAACAGCAACAAGUUCAACAGACACAUACGACACAGCAGCAGGCUCAAUAUGCACAUUUGCCUUCGCUUGCAUCUCAACAUCAGCUUCCUCAACAACAUAGUUUUACCCAUCAUGUCCACCAUCAGACUCCAUCGCAGUCUAACGGAGUUGCUAUAUCAAUUCAACAACACCAACAUAAACAACAACCACCACAACAGUCACCUUCGGAAAUUUCAACAUCGUCGCUGCCAGCAUCACCGCCUCUAAUUCAGCAAACAAAUACAGCGUCUCAAAGUGCGCAACUUGUGCAGCCAGUCUGCGCUAUACAUCAUCCACAGCAGCAUCAACAGCAAUUUGCUUUGGUGGCUGCCAUGCAUCAACAUUUAACAGCCGCGACUGGCCUCGGCUCUUUACCACCACAACAUAUGCAUCUGUCUCAUGGUCCACAAGCACAACCACAGUCCGCAUCACUACAGGUGCAAGCGCACACGGCAACUUCUCAACAACCUCAAACUACUCAACAUUCUCAGCUACUUUUAAAAGAAAAAAAUCACGAUAGUGGAUAUAUUGCUAAUAGCGGAGGUGUAGCAAAUCAAACUACCGGAAACAGUCCUGGGGCAUCUUCCACCGAAUCGCCCACCAGCGGUGCUGGGACUUCCACUGGCAGCAGUGGGUCCACAACUGCUGCCGCUCAACGUGCACCUUCCACGCCUGGUCAAUUAUUUAUACAAUAUCCUGCCGAUUUCUAUCCGGCAGAGUAUUACAUUACGCCGAAUUCACACGAUAGCAUGUGUCCACAACACCCACAUCAUCAUCACGCGAUGUGCGCAAUGUCAACGGAUUAUGGU